AUGCCACGCGAGAUUAUUACCGUUCAAGCUGGGCAGUGCGGCAACAGCAUUGGCAGUCAGUUCUGGCAGCAGCUAUGUCAGGAACACGGAAUUAGCCAGGACGGCAACUUGGAGGACUUUGCGACGGAGGGCGGCGACCGCAAGGAUGUGUUUUACUACCAGAGCGACGAUACGCGAUAUAUCCCCCGAGCGAUCCUGAUUGAUCUAGAGCCCCGAGUGUUGAACAGCAUUCAGACGGGUCCGUACCGAAACAUUUACAACCCGGAGAAUUUCUACGUGGGCAAGAAUGGAAUGGGAGCGGCAAAUAACUGGGGUGAUGGAUAUCAGAGCGGUGAGGCGGUUUAUGAAGAUAUUAUGGAGAUGAUUGACCGAGAGGCGGACGGUAGUGACUCGCUCGAGGGAUUCAUGAUGUUGCAUUCUAUCGCUGGUGGUACAGGAUCGGGUCUGGGAUCGUUCCUCCUAGAGCGGCUCAACGACCGGUUCCCGAAGAAAAUCAUACAGACUUAUUCCGUCUUUCCCAACACAACAAACGCGCCGGAUGUGGUUGUUCAUCCUUAUAAUAGCGUUCUUUCAAUGAGGAGAUUGGUGCAGAACGCAGACUCUGUUGUCGUUUUGGAUAAUGGUGCUUUGUCGCACAUUGCCGCAGAUAGGCUGCAUGUGCAGGAGCCUUCAUUUCAACAAACAAAUCAACUGGUCGCAACUGUCAUGUCUGCGAGUACCACAACUCUACGCUAUCCGGGAUACAUGCACAAUGAUCUUGUUAGCAUUCUGGCCUCGCUGAUACCUACACCGCGAUGCCACUUCCUCAUGACGGCCUACACGCCAUUCACCGGUGACCAGGUUGAGCAGGCCAAGACAGUCCGUAAGACGACGGUGCUGGACGUGAUGAGGAGACUGCUGCAGCCAAAGAACCGCAUGGUGUCGACGGUACCGGGCAAGAAGAGUUGUUACAUUUCCAUUCUGAACGUGAUUCAGGGCGAGGUGGAUCCGACGGAUGUGCAUAAGAGUCUGCUGCGUAUCCGAGAACGAAAGCUGGCCACGUUUAUUCCCUGGGGCCCUGCCAGUAUUCAGGUGGCGCUGACGAAAAGGAGUCCGUAUAUGCCAAUGAGCCAUCGCGUGAGCGGGCUAAUGUUGGCGAAUCACACAAGCAUUGCUACGCUCUUCAAAAGGAUAUUAAAACAAUAUGACGGCAUGCGGAAGCGCAAUGCCUUUAUCGAGGGUUACAAGAAGACGGCGCCCUUUUCCGAAAACUUGGACGAGUUUGACGAAGCGAGGCAAGUAGUAUCUGACUUGGUUGCAGACUACGAGGCAGCAGAGGAUGCGGACUACCUGAAUCCCGACAGCGGAGAGAAGCCCACCUCUGCCGAUACGGAUAGGCGAAUGGCAGGAGUGUAAAAGAGGUGGAGGUGAGCAUUUUUGUUGAUUUCGCUAUUUUAUUUUAUUUUGUGUCAGGACCUACUCAAAGACUGGAUGCCCUGGCUUGGAAUGGCCGGUUCCAAUUGGACUGAUGACGAAAGACAUGGAGCGGCUGGCGUUUCGGACAGGGAGUUGACGCUGAUAUCUAUCAUUGUUUGCUUUGCUUUUUUUUUUUUUCUAAACAAGUAGUUGCUAUUCCAUCACGACAAAUUUAAGAAUUUUUGACGCUCAUCUGAGGGUCCCGGCGGGCAGUGUGAUGCAAUUGGCGCCAGGAUUCCAGCCAUUGAAUGGAUUCUUACCCACCUAUUUUACUCUUUAUAGACGUGUAUAACAUCACAGAUUGUAGGUUUGAGAUUGAGAUGGCAAUAUUCGCUGAUCUAGAGUGGGCAAUCGGCUGAUUUUGUGGAGAAAUAUGUCCGGAGCAUUUUCAGCGGGUAGCGGGAGGGUCGCGAGUAAUGCUGAUGGUUGAGAGCAUGGCGACGUCAUUGAGGCGAGGAUGGUAAGGAUAUUCGCG